AUGGGUAUCAAGGAGACGCUCAAAAAGCACACCGACAUCGAUGUCCUCAAGCAGUCGAUGAGCCGCCUCGGCGUCAGCGUGGCCACCGCCUGGAACCCGGACCACCGCCACGACGAGGAGCACGAAAAGGAGCAGGACCGCAUCCGCCAGGAGAUCCGCGACCUCCAUCGCUUCAACUCCUAUGCCAACGUCCGCGAGGACAACAACGUUGGAUGGUACUCGGAUGGCCUCGACUACUUCUGGGCCCUCUCCGAGGCCAUCGAGCGCGCCGAGGACUCCAUCUUCAUCCUCGACUGGUGGCUCACCCCGGAGCUCUACCUGCGCAGGCCUCCGGCGCUCUACCCAGAGUACCGCAUGGACCGCCUCCUCAAGCGCAAGGCGGAGCAGGGCGUUCGCAUCUUCAUCAUUGUCUACAAGGAGGUCACCCAGUCGAUGACCCUCUCCUCGGCCCACACCAAGCACUUCCUGGAGGACCUGCACGAGAACAUCUGCGUCGCCAGGCACCCGGACCACCUCGGCGGCGAGGUCGUCCUCUACUGGUCGCACCACGACAAGGUCGUCGUCAUCGACCAGGAGGUCGCCGCCGUCGGCGGCCUCGACAUCUGCUUUGGACGCUGGGACACCCCGGCCCACCCCUUCUCCGACGUCCACCCGACGCGCCUCCUCGAGGCCACGCUCUUCCCAGGUCAAGAUUACAACAACGCUCGGAUCGAGGAUUUCCAGACGGGCAACCCGGGAUCCAACCAGCAGUCCAAUGUCGAGAUCGGCCGCAUGCCGUGGCACGACGUCCACGCCAUCCUCCAGGGCCCUGCCGCCCUCGACGUGGCCCAGAACUUCAUCGAGCGCUGGAACUUUGUCAAGGACACGAAAUACCGCCACAACAGCCAUUACCCUUGGCUCGCCUUCCCGCACGGCGGUGACCCGGCAGAGGAGAGCGACGUUGGCUGGAAGAGCGUGACGCUCCAUCCCCACACGGCCAAGUUCCACCGGCUCGGCCAGAGGUUCAAGCAUCCCUUCAACCCGGAGAACCGCGAGUGGCGCGUCGAGCGGCCCGACCCGCUCGAGCCGGGCACCUGCGCGGUGCAGCUUCUCCGCUCGGCGGGCGACUGGAGCUCAGGCAUCUUGACAGAGGACAGUAUACAGAGGGCCUACAUCCAGCUCAUCCGCGAGGCCAACCACACGAUCUACAUCGAGAACCAGUUCUUUGUCACCUCGACCGAGACUGGCGGCGCGGUGCUCAACCAGGUCGGGGCGGCGCUCGUAGAGAGGAUCGUCGCUGCCCACCAAAGCGGCAAGCGCUUCAAGGUCGUCAUCGUCAUCCCCACCAUCCCGUGCUUUGCCGGCGAGUUUGACAAGACCUCGAGCAUCCGCUGCAUCAUGAACUACCAGUACAAGGGCAUUUGCCGCGGGGGCAAGUCGAUCUGCGAGCGCCUGCGCGAAGCCGGCGUCAACCCGGACGACUACGUGUCCUGGUACAACUUGCGCGGAUACGACAGGAUCAACGUCGCGCCCAUCAAGCACAUGGAGGAGAAGAGCGGCGUGACCUACCACGAGGCGCAGGUGGCACUCGCGAGGAUCUUCCUGGGCGACCACGGCUACCAGUCCGGAUGGAAGACGGUGGCGAUCAAGAAGGCGGCCGUCGUCGAGGACGUCGACGGGCCCAACAAGGGCAAGGCGGCCAAGAUUGCCGAGAUCGCCAUGCCCGAGACCGAGGACGAGGCGCGCGACAUCAUCCGGCGCUUCCAGGACGCCGCACCCGAAGACUGCCGCCACGUCCGCGACUCGAUCGCCACCAACAUCCUUCACGGCCACGGCAACACGGCCACCGAGCCCUGGUGGGGCCCCGAGGACGAGCGGGCCUACUACGUCACCGAGGAGACCUACAUCCACAGCAAGCUUAUGAUCGUCGACGAUCGCAUCGUCCUCAUCGGAUCGGCCAACCUCAAUGACCGCUCCCAGUGCGGCGACCGCGACUCGGAGACGGCCAUGGUCAUCGAGGACCGCGACAUGGUCGAGUCGACAAUGGACGGCCAGAGGUACAUGGCGUCCAAGUUUGCCCUGACGUUCCGCAAGCGCCUGUGGCGCCAGCACCUCGGCAUGAUUGACAAGGAAGAGUGCACGCCCGAGGAGAGCCACAACUACCCCACGCCGGCCAUGAAGGCCCCGCCCUACUGGGGCCUCGACCCGGCUCGUCGCGCCUACCGCCGCGAGUAUGACGACCUGGUCCAAGACCCGCUCGGCGAGGAGGUCGAGCGCAUCUGGAAGGAGCAGGCCACGCACAACACCGAGGUCUACGACGAGCUCUUCCACGUCGUCCCGACCGACAAGGUCAGGACGUGGAAGGACUACCACGCACACUUUCCCAAGCCGCCGAUCCAGACCGGACACAUCGCCGACCCGUCCAUGCCGCUCGAACACAUCAAGCAGAGGCUCUCGACGGUCCGCGGCAGCCUCGUCAACUUCCCCAUGCACUUCAUGGAAGAUGAAAAGCUCGACGAGGAGACCAUCGAGGUCAAUGCCCGAACGCUUCCCAUCUACGUCUAA